UCCUUCCUUCAUACCACAUUUCUCUCCCCUUUUUCUUCCUCACCUUAUCAAUGGCGAAAAUGAAGAAAUUCCAGGUCAAAUUCGGAGAUUUGAAGCUCCAUGGAUUCGGUAGUGAAAAGGAAGCAAUCGCCAUUGAAAUCAAAUGGAAAGGUCCCCCGACACAUUCCAUUUUAUCCGUUCCUUUCUACGGAAAAUCCCCUCUCCAAACCGACCGCACCGCCGCCCAACGACCUCUUAUCCAAACCCUCCAAUGGGAUCACGAAUUCCUCAGCAUUUGUGAAUUUGAGUUCGCCGAUGACUCUUCUUCCAUUGCCUCCUGGGACACCAAAUUCUACGUCUUGCUCGAAGAAUCCACAAAAUCCAAGACGAAAUUCUCUGUUUUAGGGAAGGCGUCGUUGAAUUUAGCGGAAAUGCUUUUGGAAAUGGAGACGAAAGUGGAGCGAAAUGUUCCGAUUACGUUGAAGGGUGCUCCACAUCAAGCUACGCUUUCUGUGCGUGUGAAUUUUGUGGAGGUCAGGGAUGAUUCGGACCCGAUUCAGCAGCAACAGGACAAGGAGGGCUUUUUGAAAGCGUUGAAAGAUCUAACCAGUUUCAGGAAGAAGAACAGAGACAAGGGUAAAGCGGUUUCAUCGGACGGUCAAAACAGAGGUUUGGCGGAUCCAAAGGAGGAAGAUGGAGGCGAUCAAAAGCAGCUGGGGAAAUUGUUGUCCAAGAAGAGGCGGCUGAGUUUCAGCUUUAGAUAUUCUAAGGGGAAAGUCGAGCCGUGGUCGGAGAAGACCAACACGCCGGUCAACGACGGAGUUUCCGUUGACCGACAGCAACACGACACCGAGCCCACCGCCCCCAUUUCAACCACUUCUCAAACGGAGAAAGGAGAAAGCACAGAGAUUUCAUUGGAAAUUGAUGAACAAAACAAAGAAGACAGCAGAGGGAGGUGGGAAACUAAAGAAAUAGUUAGUAGAGAUGGCAAGGCAAAGCUGAAGACGGAGGUGUUCUUUGGCUCGUUUGACCAGCGGAGUGAGAAGGCGGGUGGUGAGAGCGCCUGCACGGCGAUAGUCGCCGUGAUCACCCACUGGCUGCACUCGAAUUACGGUGCGAUGCCAACACGACCGGAGCUCGACAACCUCAUAAUGGAAGGUUCAUCAGAAUGGCAAAAGCUUUGCAAUAACCAUUGUUACUCAAACUCCUUUCCCAACAAGCAUUUCGACCUCGAGACCGUUAUGGAAGCCGAUGUCCGACCGAUCACUGUUUCAGCUGAAAAUUCAUUCGUGGGGUUCUUCAGUCCGGAGAAAUUCAACUGCUUGUCGGAAGCAAUGUCGUUCGAGCAAAUAUGGAAUGAGGUCAAUACUACUAAAACUUGUCCAAAUUACAAAACGAGAGUUUACAUCGUGAGUUGGAACGAUCAUUUCUUCGUGUUGAAGAUGGAAGAGGAUGCUUGUUACAUUGUUGAUUCGCUAGGGGAACGACUGUUCGAGGGGUGUAAUCAAGCCUACAUGUUGAAGUUCGAUAGCUCGAGUUUGAUGUACGAGAGCAAAGAGAAAGGAGAGGUUGGAGAAUUGGUUUGCAAGGGAAAAGAGUGCUGCAGAGCGUUUUUUGAAAGGUUUCUUGCGGCCAUAACCAUUGAAGAGCUGGAAGAAGAGCAGAAGAAGCAGAGUAGCUGUAAUUUUAUACCCCAUCAGAGGCUGCAGAUUGACUUCCAUUUUAGUAGCCCUCUUGUUUCAUCCUUGUCGACUUCCCCUUGCUCUAUUUUCUCUGAUCAAGACUUUGUAUCAUAAUUCACAACCCCAAAACUCCAAUCCUUUUAUGUAUACAGUGUAAAGCUUCUCCCAGAUUUCGCUCAUUAUGCAAAUAAAACUCCCAUUUGCUUUCUUUGGGU